AUGCCAUAUCUUCGAUCGGUCGCAAAUACCAAUGGUUUGUGGGGUAUAUCACGUACCAGGGUUCCAACAGAGUCCCGACCAGGACAUGUAGCUAUAUUAGCAGGAUUCUAUGAAGACCCCUCAGCUGUUGCAAAAGGAUGGAAACAAAAUCCUGUUGACUUUGAUUCAGUGCUCAAUCAAAGUGCUUAUAGUUGGUGCUGGGGCACAUAUGACAUAUUAGAAAUAUUCGCUAAGGAUGACUUGAGUGGGCACAUAUAUACUGAAAAAAUGGAUCCUUAUGAUGAAACAUACAGCCCAAAUAGAAAUACCACAACUUUGGAUAAAUGGGUAUUUGAUAAAGCAAAAUUUUUUUUUAAUAGACAAAAAUUGGAUACUGAAACUUACAAAAAGUUACAAAGUGAUAAAAUUAUAUUUUUUUUGCAUCUGUUAGGAACAGACAGCUCUGGACACAUGCAUAAACCAAAAACACAAAACUUUUUAACAACUAUUAAAUAUGUUGAUGAGAAUAUUCAAGAAAUUGAACAAAUCAUAAGGAAAUUCUACAAAGAUGACGGAAGAACAGCAUUUUUAAUGACAUCUGAUCAUGGGAUGACUGAUUGGGGUUCUCAUGGUACGGGGGAUGAUCAUGAAACAGAAACUCCUUAUGUGUUAUGGGGUGCUGGUGUAACACAGAUUGAAAGUGAAUCAAAACAGUUUGAUAAUAACUACGAAAUGUCUCUUGAUAAGAGACAUGAUAUUAAUCAGGCUGAUCUAACUCCUUUGAUGGCUACAUUGCUUUCUAUUCCAGUUCCUGUUAACUCCAUUGGUCAGUUACCAAGUGAACUACUGAACAUGACACUUCCAAAUAAGGCAAAAGCUAUAUACAGUAACUGCAUACAGAUGAUAUCACAGUACAAUAAAAAGAGAAUGGAUAUUGAAUCCAGUGCAAUAUCAUACCUCUACCAUCCUUAUGAACCACUUACUCAAAACUUACCAAUGCAGUAUUAUAUUUACUUCUUGAUGCCAAUAUUUUUGUGGAUGUAUGCUGUGACACCAGUCAAAUUAUGGAUGGUAACUUUAAAAUCUAUUAAAAGUAAAAAAACACUAUUGAUAAUAUGGUUUGAAAUCAUAUGCUAUACUUUGGGAUCUCUUGCUAUGGGGUUUGCUUUUAGUCAGAGAUGGGUGUUGAGCAUCCCUCUACUCGGUAUGAGCUUGUGGCCAUUUUUAUCAUUAAAACAAAACUCAAGAUCCACUUACAUUGCAUGGGUUGCUGGAUGUAUAAUGCUCAGUGUUUUUUCAUUCAUGCCAGUAGUGGGUAAAGAUGUGUGUAUUGAAUUAGUGCUCCUGUUGGCUGUUUGA